AUGAGCAUUGCCUAUCUCGAUCCAGGAAACAUCGAAAGUGAUCUACAGUCUGGUGCAAAAGCACAAUACAAAUUGUUAUGGGUUUUACUUUCCGCUCAUAUCAUUGGAAUGCUCUUGCAACGAAUGUCUGCACGACUAGGUGUUGUCAGUGGAAAGCAUAUGGCCGAGGUGUCACAUGAUUUCUAUCCUCGUAUACCUCGCUUAAUUUUAUGGAUAAUGGUUGAAAUUGCUAUCAUUUGUAGUGAUAUGCAGGAGGUUAUCGGAACUGCAAUAGCCAUCUACCUAGUCAGCAAGGGAUGGGUUCCACUAUGGGCAGGUGUGCUGGUCACUAUAGUUGACACAUUUACAUUUCUAUUCAUUGACCGAUAUGGCGUGCGCAAAUUGGAAGUGGUUUUCGGCAUUCUAAUCUCAACUAUGGCUUUAUCGUUUGGAUAUGAAUCACGACGAGUGAAUCGCAGCAUUCGAGAUCGCGUUGCCGAAGCCAAUUUUUACUAUACAAUUGAGUCCUCACUAGCUCUGUUUUGCAGCUUUUUCAUCAACGUGUUUGUUGUGGCAGUGUUUGCUCAUGGGCUCUAUAAAAAAACGAAUUACGAUGUGCGGAUAUCAUGUGACAAUAGGCACGGAAUCUUCGAUCCAGAUGCUUUUCCUUACAACAACGACACUGCAAUAUCAGAUAUUUAUAAAGUAAGUAGGUACUGUUUAGGCAACACCAUGUUUAACACACAAGGAAAACUUUCUCUUUAA